UCAUCCGUUUCCUCUCGGUUCUCCUCGGCCUGAGGCGCUCGAGCAUUCGCUGCCCCUAUCCCUACCAGGCUCGCGCCACCAUGCAGCUCCUCGCCGCCGCCGCGGCGGCGGCGGCGCCGUUGUCCUCGCUCCGCUCGCUUUCCUCCCACGGCCCCCGUAUCCCGUUCCCCUGCGAGGCCCGCCCGCGCGCUCCGCUCCGGCGCGGGGACCUCGCCAUCCGCAUGGGCGGCGGGCCGCGCACGUUCCCCGGCGGCGUGUCCAAGUGGCAGUGGAAGCGGAUGCAGGCGAGGAAGGCCAAGCAGCUGCUCAAGGCGCGCCUCGCCCGGGAGCGCCAGCUCUACGAGAUGCGCAAGCGCGCCGAGCUCCGCGACGCCGUCGCGCACCUCGAACGCCCCUGGGACCCGGACGCCUCCGCUCCCGCGGCAGCGGAGGUGGCGCCCAACCUGCUCUCCGUCGCGGCGGACGACCAGCUCAAGGCGCUGGCCGACCGGUUCCACCGCCCCGGCGGCGUCGACCUCUGGAACGACCGCGACGGGCCGCAGGUCUUCGCGUCCCCGGGCACCGGCAUGUCCUCCGCCCGCUUCUUCCCCAAGAACGCUGUCCAUAGCGUCCAGCCCUACGCGCUUCUCGGUGGCGACGCUGAGAGCCCACUGGACGCUCGCGGUAACGACGGCGAUGGGACGGACCGGAGUGACCGCGUGCAAGGUGUUCGUGAGAAUGCGGCCAAGAAGGAAAUGCUUGGUAUCCGUGGUGAUCACGAGCCUGCGGUUGAAUACAUCGAAAGAGGUGGAGUGUGGGAGCCAGUAGAUAGCUUGGAUGACGGUGAUGACAACAAUUCUAGCGACCAUGGAUGGAACUUCGACAACAUUACCUCCGACUUGGAGGAGGACAUGGCCCUGGGAGAUGUCGGUUUUCGACCCAAACAAAGAGCAAUGGAUGGGAGAGAGGGAAGGAAAGGUGGUAUGGCAAGGUGGGCAGCCACAACCUCUAUGGCUGCCAGUGUCAACGGUGUUAGGGAUCGGUAUGGCAAUGAUUUCUCUUUAAGCCCAGAAGGAACAAGCCAAUAUCAUCUUGGUCAGAGAUGGCAAGCCAGAAACAGUGGGGGUAGAGGGAACCGUCCUUCAGGGAGAGGUCCAGCCUUGAACACAGGUGUCAGUGGUGCCAUUCGGAAGGAUCGAACGGUGGGUGGCACUUCUUUCUCCGACUCUGAGGUGACUCGCGAUGGUUUUGAACCAAAAUGGAGAGCCAGGAAUAGAGAGGGCACAACGAAUGGUGUUAGGAGGUGGAAGCCGAAUGGCAGCAGUGCCAAUGUGCCUACAAAGGGUUGGAUGGGUGAUGAUUUUGGUUCAAAUUCAGACAGCGGAAGGGAUUUCAUGUUGGAGCCAAAAUGGAAAACCCGGAACAGGUUGAACCGAAGUGAGAACAACGACGGCCAUGCCAAUGCGCCUAAAAAGGGUUGGAUGGAUGAUGAUUUUGGUUCAAAUUCAGAGACCACAAGGGAUACCAUGUUGGAGCCAAAAUGGGAAACCCUGAACAGGUCGAACCAAAGCAAGUACGACAGCGGUAAACGUGAGCUCAAAUACAGUCCUAACUCUUACAACAGGGAGAGGCCUGAGAGGUCCAUGAGAGGCAGCAAUGGCAAUGGAAGAAGAGAUCGCUUCGUUAACCGCUUCGCCUCAGACCUGGAGGAGCCAAAAUGGAAGCCGAGAAGGAAGGACGGAACUAGAACAAACAGCGGCAGCAGAGAGCACGUUGAUAGCACGAAUGGGAGGUUCAGGAGAAGCAGCAAUGGAGCAGCGAGACUUUUGGAUGCACGUCCUUUGGACACCAACAGCGGAGCCAGCGGUGAGGAUGGUGGCCACAGGACGAGCAGAAAUGGCGGACGACGUUCCAGGGGAAACGGGUACUCGCUACGCCCAACGUCAGAUCUGCGCAGCCCUGGGAGGGAGAGGGGAUCAGAUGAAAUGUAGUAGUCUAAUUUUCUGAUAGAAUGAUGAACUGUAUGUAGUUAACAGUGAUGAUAACUUAAUAACGCUGGGUGUGUACGCUAACCUCGGUAUAGCUCACUCAUCUGUUCAAUGGUAAUAUGUGUUAGUAUUCAGGGUAUCUGCUUUUGUUCAGUUUAUACGAAGCAAAGCGAUUCAUCGACGAACUAAU